AUGAUCCGUCGCAACUCCGACAUCGACGUCCAACUCUCCGAUGCGGCCCCCCCUCCCUCCGUCGAAUCCGAACCUCCGACAGAAGCAGAUGUGGAGAUGAUGGCUGAUGAGCCAACACUACCCUUGAACCUGCCCACCCACCUCGCCGCUCGCUUUGCUCGCAAGCCGAGUGUCGUUCGCCGCUCCUCCGCUGCCUCCUCCCGCCGCAGCUCGAUCUCCUCCCUGAACGGGCCCGCCCAUGGCGCGUCCUCGACCGAACACGUAGCGCAUCACCUCCGACGGACCUCUAUUCUCGAGAGUCGCAAGGCUCGACUCGCGGACCGCGCCUUGCACGCGGAGAAAGUCAGGCUCCGGGCUGCCUUGGCGAAAGCGGCGACCCGGAACCUGCAGCGGGAGGAGCGAGCCCUGGCUGCCCAGCAGGCCCGGGAGCGGCUCUUGGCGGAGAUCACAGCCAAGUGCGAGGAGGAAGUCCGGCGGGCGAAGAAGAAGGCCGAAGACAACCGGGAGCGCAAGGCCGCCGAACACGCUCGACUCCGCUUGGAGAUCGCGGAGAAGUUCGCCGAGGCGGAGAAGCGCCGGGCGCUCUACCAGCAGACCCAGCGGCGCCACCGCACGAGCAGUCUGCCCUCGACUGGCGACGAGAAGAAGAUGCCCAAGCUCAACGCUCAGGCAGUCACGCGGGAUGCCGCCGCUCGGAUCAUCCAGCGGGUCUGGAGGACCUAUCACGCGAAGAUGGUCAUGCGUGGUUUCCUGGCUCUCGACCUGACUACCGAUCGUAUUCAAGAGAAGGAUUUCGAGGAGGUCGGUGUCCUAUUGUCGAGUGAGCGGGUGUUGGAGGCGACGGCCCGGGUCCUUCGGCUGUGUGGCCUGCAGGAUAUGGAAAGCGGCACAAUGGGUGGACGGGGUGCGGUGCGCACGUUUCUCAGCAGUUACUUGAUUGUUACCCAUCCUACUGAGGUGUUGAGCAGCAACGGGGAGCAGGAGCAAGACCUUAUGGCGAAAGCGCGGGAGCUCCUCGUUGCGUUCGAGCUGGUGACCCCUCUGCUCUCCUCGGGGUGCUGUUCUCCCGCGGCCAUCUCCACCGAGCUGCAGGCUCUAUGGGAGGCCUAUAAUGUCUUCUUCUCCGCGUUUCACGCAUGGAAGUCUCACGAUUCCAGUGUCCUCAUUGAGAUCAUGUUGGCCCAGUUUAUCGAACUGGAGUUGAUCUGGCAGACAGUCAAGAAUGAUCGUGCCGGCGGCGUCGCAGAGGACUAUCGCCAAGGAAUUCGGCAGAACCAGAUCUUGCUCCUUGCUAGACUGAAGCGAUUGGCAGGCGCUGAUAAGGCCAUGGAAAUGGUGCGGAAUGCCCUGAAGAAGGCAAAGCGCGAGAAGAAGCGGACCGCGUCCAAGCAAGCCAUCCCUCGGUCGGCGGAGGUCGCAACCUCUUCAACGGAAGCCCUCACAGAGAGCGUUGCUUCCCCUAUCAGUGAGACUUUCAACACCGUGGACAGUGGGGUGCUGCAUGAGCUAGACCGGCAGCGUGUUUCUCCCCACGAGCGAUUCACUCGGAUGCUGACGGCACUGCCGGAGAAUCGAGCUCUCGUGCACGAGCUCUUGAUCAACAAGGAGUUCCGGAUUGACGAGAAACAAUACACCGAGCCACGCAAGCGAAUCAUGAAACACAUGUGUGACAUGAUGCGUAAAGACGUUGAAGCUGGCCUGGAGACAAACUGGACCGUGGCCAUGGCUACGGUGAUCCAAGACCGUUUGCUUCGCUCACUGCGGCCAGGGAAUUCGCUGCAUGUGCUGAUCAGCGAGGUGCUUGACCCCAAAUUGGUGGAGAACCAGUGCAGGGCCGGCGCCUUCUCCUACGACAGCUUCUUCAAUUUCAUGAAUACCAUUUUACCCAAGCUUUGCGCUCCGUACCGUGAUCCGGUUGUCAAGGCAUUUGCCGAGGACACGUCGGGAGACGCCAUUGACCGACUUGCCCGACUAAUGGGCAUCAUCGACCUCCUCUCCCUUGACCACACCAACUUCAUGAUCCAGGUUGCAGCGCCACAACUGAUCCAGGAGGCUCCCGGGUAUGAGCAGAGGACCUUCGAGAAGGGUCUUCAAGAUGGCACUCAGAGCUUGGGUAAGACGCGGCGCUUUUGGCGAACGCACCGCAAGAUCAUUGCAGAAGAGAUGCGCAAGCGUGACCCGGAGAACGUGCACGGGGAGCCACGACCGCCAAGCGCCAAGGUCUAUGCGCAGGGGAUUGUGGAUCUGGUGAUGAGCAACGCGCCUGUCUCCGAAGAGCUCAUCCCGGAGACCCUGGAGCUGGAUCGUCAGCGACUUGCGCGAUUACAUGCCCGGGCGUUCCGGAUCGUUGCCACCGCUUCGAUUCUCCUGACGGCCAAGAACCUGUUGAAGCGCGACGUGCGAUCUCAAUGGAAAGCGGAAGCGGACCGGAUCUUGUCCUUGGACUUCAAUGAGAUCCAGCCGGACCGGGUUCAAUCCAUCCUGGAAUCCACUCAUCCGAUGCCACCCAAUGCCAGUGCGCAGCUGGCCGCAACCAUCCGCCGCGUUCUGGUGCCCGUUGCUACCGCCUGCGCCGCCGCCCACACCGAGGGAGAAGGCACCCAACCAGCCGUGGAGAUCCAGGUCGAAUCGACCGUCUCGUCCGCGGCCUCGUACACGUCGGAUGGCGCCAGCUCCGCGACGGCGGCGACGAGCGGCAGCGGCAACGGCACCUCCGGCUUCGCCGAUCCGGUGGCCCGACUGAUCCUCUCGCGCCUGCGCGCCCACAUCCUGUCGCGGCUCAGCGCAUCCAGCGCCAGCGAACGCGUGCGGGCCACGACGACGGCCAGCCAGAGUCUGGCCGGAGCGGGCAUGCCCGAGUUCGUCACGGAGGUGGGGCAGCUGACGGACGAGAUGGAGAAGAUGCGCGAGGUGGAUUGGCUGUGUCAUGGGAUGGUAAUCCUCUUUUACGAUCUCCAAUCAAAAUCCAAGAGACUACUGGUUGGUCAACCACAACAACCAAAGAAGCGGGUUGCCGGCGUUAGUUGCAAGGGUGCGAUAACCCGGAGUCGCCCCAUGAGACAAACAGAAGAUAGGUUACUGACCACUGCAUGUUCAGAACCACCACCGCUUUUCUUUGUUACUUCCAUGAAAGAUCCGCCCGGUUCUUCAGGCCCUGCGAGCCGACGACCUGCACUGGUGACUGAGCCGCUUGGUGAGUUUUUGGUUACUUCUCUGGAUUGUGAGGUCGAGGUCGAAGGCGAGGAGGUCAGAGGAACAUGGAUAACCAAAGCUUUGCACAGGCAUCGAGUCCCCAUUAUCAUGCGACCCCAGUUCAUCGACGAGCUGAUCGCCCGGUUGAACCGCUACCAUCUGAUCCGCGUCAACGGGACGCCGGCGUCGGGCAAGACCUCGAUGGCGCGGGUGCUGGCCAACGAGUUGCUCGCCCGCUUCCCGCAGACCCCCGUGUAUCUGCUGUGCGACUGGGAGUGGGACGACGUGCGGAUCGCGGGCGGCUGGGCGCGCUAUCUGCAGCAACAGCUGGGGACGCAUGGCCGUCGGCUCAUCACGCAUCCCGGCUUCUUGCUGUUGGAUGAGGCGCAGCAGACCUACUGGGACCCGCAGCUCUGGACGGACCUGUUCAAGUCCAUCACCGGCAGCAGUGCCAUGAAGAUCGUGGUGUUCACGUGCUAUGGCUCGACCGGCUCCGAGCCCGGGCGUGCGACGACGAUGCGAGAGCUCCCCGAGAAGACACCGAUGGUCUUUCAACCGCAUCAGCAGAUCUCGCUUCGGCCGGAGGAGACCGAGGAGACAUCCCCGCGCUGGAAGCCGUGGGGACACGCAGGCUUGCUGGUGUCCCUCGCCGACGCCCUGGAAUUGAUCCCGGAGAUUUAUGCUCUGAUCAGGAAACGCCAGCCACUCGACUGGACGACAGUCAGCCAGGGACUCUUUGGCGACUGCCGACGAUUGUUCGGCAUCAUUCAGCACCUCCCAUUUGCUCGGGGGUUGCCCAAACAACGAGUGGUGCAGCAAUCCGCUUACGCGAGUGUCUUCAAGAACGCUAUCGUGUACGAUGGGACUCUGGAGUCGAGCUAUGCUGACAGCCCGGAUCAACAGCGGGCUCUGCAGGCGAUCUGGAAGGAAGGACGGCUCCAUGCGAAGCUUGUGCUGGGAGAGACACGCUAUGUGUUUCCUACCCAGAUCCAUCGAUGGUCUUGUCAGUGCCUUUUCUUCCGCGACGACGCACCGGCCAAAGAACUGGCCUAUCGAUCCCCACUGGAGAUGGCUACCGAAGCCAUUCGCCAGUUCGACCCGCACCAGCUGUCGAAAACUGCGAGCACGCUGGAAGAUCAAUACCAGAAGGAGUUCUACCGCUGUCUCUUCCCGCUCCUCCUCGAGUACCAGAUCGCGAUGUCGCUGGAGUAUCUCAUCAAGAAAACGGCGGGUCUUCGGAGCGGCAGGAUCGACUUCCUGGUUGAGCAGAAGAAGUGGGGGUUGGAGCUGAUGCGCGACGGCGACCGGAUCACACAGCACAUGCGACGCUUCGAGGAAGACGGCCCGUACUUUGCGAUGAUCAGGGACGAGCUGAUGCGGGAUUACAUUGUGCUGAAUUUCACCCAGACCCGACCACGCAGGAGGUAUCCAGGAUACCGCAGCCACCUGUAUCAUGUGGUCUUCUCCGAGGACUGCCGUAACGUCCAGGUCCUGGACGCGUCGGAUCUGAGUGAAGUCGUUGCUUUUGUGCUGGGCGAGAACGCAAGUUUCUUCCCUUAG